AUGCUCCUGCCGCCGCCCGCGCUGCCCUGGCUGCUGGCCGCCUGCUGCCUCUGCGCGCUGCCGCGGGGCUCCGGGUUCCCGCAGCCCCUCUCUCGCUACAGGGACGGCGCGGAGCUGCCCAAGAGCCAGCAACUGGCGCUGUGCUUCAGUCAGUGGAUGGAGCUGUCCAACCAGCCCCAGAUCUCCAGCACUGUUUUGGAUCUUUGUUAUUCCAUAUUCAACAGCAUGCAAACAAAUGAGGAAUCACAGGUUGCUGCUGCAGAGUUUACAAAGAAGGAUAGUCAUGGGACUCUGGGACGGCCUUUUUUCCUUUUCAGGCCUCGAAAUGGAAGAACUAUUGAAGGCAGUGAAUACCAUGGAAUAUGAAGUCUGUGGGUUGACUUACCAGCUC